AUGGUCCCAGCCGUCAAACAAGUUUUGGAGAAAUUUUACGAAAGGUUCGGACGAUAUCCCAAAGUCGCCCGAUUUGACGAAGGGAGCGAAUUUUACAAUAACGGUGUCAAGGCGUUAUUGGGUGAACACGACUUCCGUUAUUUUUCGACGCGACUGACCGGGAAAAAAGCGGCGAUCGUCGAAAGAUUCGACAGGACGUUAAAGACAAGAAUGUGGAAAUAUUUUACGGAACAAAAAUUUACGGAAAAGAAAAAGAAAUGGAUCGACGUCUUACCGAAUUUCGUUCAUUCCUACAAUCAUUCCAAACAUCGAACCAUCGGGAUGAAACCGGCCGACGUGAACGAAACCAAUAAGGAUAAAGUCUGGACGAAAACUUACGGGUAUCCGUUAUCCCAUUUUCCCGAACCUAAAUUUAAAGUCGGAGAUCGUGUAAGAGACAAAAUCUAUCGGGGAACGUUUGACAAGGGAUAUACAUCCAAUUAUACCGACGACGUCUACGUCGUGUCGGAAGUAUUUCGCGGUGAUGCCAACAUGUAUAAGAUUAUAGAUCCCGACGACGACGAUCGGGAAAUUCCGGAAGAUUUUACGAACACAAAUUAUCGCUGGAUUUAAGUGGUAAAUAAAAAGAUGGAAGAUAUUGAACUGAAUGACUUUAACAACGACUACGACUGGGAUACGUGGGAGUACGAUGAGACGAACGUCGACGAGAACAUAGAAAUGGAAGAUUUUCUGGAUAGACGAGAUGAUGAAAUCCGACUGAUGGAAUUUAAAAAAGAUAGCGAUAACGAUACAUCCACCAAAAGAAAAAGGGAGACAAAUUCCCUGUACAGGACCGGAAGAUCCUACACGGGCUUAAAAUCCGAGUACAUGAAAAAUCUUUUUACACAGGAUUAUAGAUUAAAUCCGAACGACGGACCAAAUUCAAAAGAUUUAUUUUCCCGGUUAAAUUUAAGCGGACACUGGUUAACGUUCGACGAUGUGAGAGUUGCAUUCAUCGAUAGAAAUGGAAAUUAUUUCCUAUCAAAAAAUACAUCAAACGUACAAGAUUUACAAAAUUUCAGGACCGCGUACGAAAAGGCAACGGAAGAACAUCGAAAAACAUUAAAUAGUAUCACGGAAGAAGAAACGGGUGGUGGUCAAAAUACCAAUGUUAUUACCGACGACGUACGCGACGAAAUCAAUCGGGAAAAUAUCGACGACGAUAUUGAAUUUCACGGUCGGGUUUUACAAUUCCACAACGAUGGAAAAUUUACCGAACAGGAGACGAGAGAAUUGGUGGGAAUUACCGUUCCCAAAGGAGUACCCGACGAGAAAAUAAAAUUUUUAAAGAUCGAACGACAAAAACUCAAAACAGACUUCCAAACAGAAUCCGAUCCCGACCGUAAAGAUAUUUUUCGCGAAGCCUUGGAAAUUAUCGAUCAAAAUAUCGACGAUGCGAGAUUAGAAAUGUAUCAAAAACCCGACUCCGAAGAGGGGAUACACCGCGUUCGUGAAAAA